AGAGAUUUGCCCUUGAAAAAAAACGUUGAACCUGCUCCUUAAACUUCAUCAUCCUCUUCGCUCCUUCCGCCGAGCCAGACAUCCAGGGAGAAACGCAGGAGUUCGCUCGUGAAGAAAAUUCGCCGGAAAGCUACGCCGGAAUCCAAUCGCCGCUUCGUGAUUCUUCACCAAAUUCUUGAGGGGACAAUUGGAUUAACAUGAAGGGAUUCGAAGCUGCCAAAUUGAGCAACCUAUUACGGUUGAAUGCUUCUCAACUAGAGAUGUGCCAGCGAGAAUAUAUAGCAGCCAUUCAAGAGUUUCGUCUCUACUCUUCCUCAAAUUGGAUUCUAACUAGCGAUUGAGCUGCUCUGAUGCCGGAUACCAUUCUCACAUCCAGUGGCGAGACGCCAUCAGCUUCCUCAGAUCUCAACUCAUCUUCACGCACAAUAUGCCGCGUAUGUCAAAAGCAAUUUUCACUAUACACCUGCCCUCGAUGCAACACGCGUUAUUGUUCUCUUCAGUGUUAUAAGUCUCAUAGCCUUCGCUGUACUGAAUCCUUUAUGAGGGAAAAUGUUAUGGGGGAGCUGCAACUAUCACAAUCAGAUGAUCAAAGUAAAAAGAAAAUGGUGGACAUACUAAAACGAUUGCAUACAGAGGAUGAGAUGGAAUCAAUGGAUGACGAUGAACCAGAUUUCUCACUGUCAGAAGCAACUAUUGAAAAGGUCUUAUCAGGAAGUGAUAUAAGUAUUGAUGAUUUAUCUGUUGAAGAACAGCAACGUUACCACAAAGCAAUAGCCUCUGGAGAGUUGAGCAAAUUGAUAGAGCCAUGGGAACCAUGGUGGACCAAGCCAUCAGCCAAAUAUAUCUCUCUCGGCCGGGAUGGAACUCAACUAGUCCAGCCACUUUCUUCUGAAAAGCAGCAAGAAGUGGAUGUUUUGCAGGACAUUCCGGCUGGCCCUGAAUCGCCUUUACCCCCAGUCAGUAAGCUGAGUGCUUCUGCACCAUCCCCACUAUUGGCAGUUCACCUGGUUGACAUUGUAUAUAGCUACUGUUUCACCCUUCGUAUUUACAAUGGCGACUGGAAAUCAGAUCCUAGCGGGUCUGCCAUGGUUUUGCUCAGCCUGUCUCAUGUUCUUGGUCAAGCUGCAGCACAGCCAGAGACCAUAUUGGAGGCUCUGUCAUAUUGUCUGGAGCAAACGUGUUCCCCUCCCUUUCGACAUAUGGGUGGCCCACAAUUUGGGUUCAGACUCAUGGAAGACGUGAUAGAACUUCUCAAUCUCGGUGGUUCGGCAUUAGUUUGCUUGCUUUGCGAUAUGCAGAACCUGCUUCAAUCGGCCGUGGAAGAACUCAAGUCAGAUAGUAAACAGUGCAAGUCUGAAAAGUUGGAGAUGAAGAAAAAGCUUAGGUUGGCCGAGAGGAAGGUUUAUUACAUGAUGUGUUGGGUUCAUGAUCAGAUAGGGGAAGUGUGGUCUUCCAUAGCUGCCAUUGUGAAUGUAGAGAAGAGCCAAACCAUGGGAUAUGUUGGCAAUGGAACUAGUUUCCGGAAGGAGGAGAAAACAGAAAGCGCCGGGAAGCCCUUUAUCAAAGAAAUCCGGUGAGGUGAGUUUCUCCGCUUGGCUGUUCGGGAAAUGCUACAUGCAGAUUGAGGCCAGAUUCAUUGUUUUCUGAACAUGUUAAAUUUCAAUGCUCACCAUUCCUUUUUUUUUUAAGUCGUUGUUGGAAGAAAUUCGAAAGAGUUGGAAAAAAUGUAUGGAUUAGAUAAAGUUGAAAGUUAAUUUUUUCCAACUGUUUCCAACUGAAAAAACAGAGCUUUAGUGG